AUGCGUAGCAUAAGAGAAGUGCAGAAAGAGGGAGCAGAAGCACCGGCGGCCAACCAUGUAACACCAAAGCCAGCAAGCAGCACUGUGGCCUGGAUCGUGAUCUCAGUGGUAGGCGGCGUUCUCAUUUUAGGUGGUCUCAUUGCGUACACCGUCAGCCGCUAUACCCGUCGACGCCAAUACCAAAGAGCAAAGCGAUUCGAACCGACUCUGUCCUAUGAUGACUUCAUUAAGAGAUCGCGACUAAGCAUGACAGAUCGGUUCUGGGAGGAGGAAAAACGCAGGAGCUACAUUAUCCAGAAGUCACUCGCGGCUCGGACGUCAAUGUCGAUACCAUCCCUGGCCGAGAGGCGCCCGUCUGGAGUCCAAUCGAUCGAACGAAACCCCACAGAGACGGCGGCCGAUAUCGAGAGGGAGAUUGCAGCACUUGACCGGCAGGCAUCCCUAAGGCUCAAAGAAGACUGGAAGCGGUGGGAAGCCAGGAUCAAGAACGAGAGGUCAUGUUCGGGGGAACAACAUCCCGCGAUAGCCGGCACGGAGACUCUAUCCGGGACCCCAAUAAGUGGGACCAAAAGGCCCAGGACGCCGACGGGGUCCACGAAAACAGCAACGGCAACCAGGGUACCGAUCCUUGCGGUUCCGUCGCCAGCGAAACUGCGAACUCACGGUCGAUCCGGUAGCAAGGGGAAUCUUCAGACUCCAUCACCGACGCCGCCGCCGCGAAACCCUAAUCGCUUGUCACCGCCACCACUGCCGACAUAA